AUGAUGGACGGCUGUUGUCCUGGAAAUGCCGUGGCCAUUCCAGCUGGGCCCACCAUCUCCAUGUGCCCAACGAGUGGCAGCUUCCGAAAUGGCAUCCUUUUGCCUAGCUUCUGCCGGAGCAGAACCUGGCAACUGGUCACAUGCCAAGGACACUGCCAGCCAUCCGGCAGUGUCCCAGGAGGCUGUGAACCUGCUCCAUGCCACCCUACCUGCCUUCCAGCAACUUCCUGUGUGGGCUUUGUUUGCCAACCCAUUUGCUCCUGCACAGCCUGCUACGAAUCCAGCCCCGGUCAGGCUCCUCGUCUGGUUAGCUCCUGCCAGCCCUCCUGCUUAGAACCCACCGUCGGCCGGGAAAAGUGCUGCAAAGCCAGCCCCGGUCAGCAAAGUUCCUGCCAGGCACCUGUCUUCAUGUCCGGAUCGCGCCAGGCAGCUUGUGACCAAUCAGUCUGCCGUGACACUAGGUCCUGCCAGCCAUCCUGCUCUGAGGUGACUCCCUGUCCUGAAACAUCGUGCCCACCGACCGCCUGUGCAGCUACUCCAUGUCAGCCAACUUGCUGCCAAGCGGGUUCAUGCCACCCCAUGAGUGGCGAAGGUCAGCCCUGCAGAUCAACUUAUUACCAGCCCAUCUGCUACGUUUUCAAGACUUGCCAAUCAGUUCCCUGCAUGCCCGUUCCCUGCCAGCCAUCGCCUUGCGUGUUCGGUUCUUGCAAUCCUGCUUGCUGUGUGACCUCCCCUUGCCAGCCACCGCCCUGCCAAGCAGCUCCUUCCAGAUCCUUCAUCUGCUGGCCGGCAGCUAACUGCCGGCCCCCUUGCUCUGUGAAGAACUCUUGCACACCCGCAUCCUGUGGCACCGGGCCUUCUGGUCAACCAACCUGUGGCGGACCCACCUCCUGCAACCAAGGUGGCUGCAAAUCCCCUUCCCACCAACCCGCCUGCUGUGUGACAGGUUUAGGCAAAGUGUCCAGUGGUGACUCCAAUUGCUUCCAGCCAAGUCCUCCACGUCCCUGCAAAGCCAGCCCCUGCUUGCCGACUUCCUGUCAACCCGGCCUCGAGUCCAGCUCCUGUAAGGCAACUCUUGGCUGA